AUCUCUUUACUUUCAUUGAAUUGCAACAACAGCAAGAGCGACAUGAACUUCGCCUUGUCUUUGGCACUUUGCCUGACAUUCGCCCGCGUGGGAAGUUCCUUUGAAGAAGGAGACUUUUUGAAAGAAGAAGUUCAAAAUGACAAACGAUUUUGGCGAUCGUGUUCCAGUGACGCAGAUUGUUCCCCUGGCAAGUGCUGUUUAAAAUAUGGUUUCUCCAUGUGCAGAGCGUAUUUAGCAGAGGGCAAACCCUGCCGUCUAUCCUCCACUUGCUUUUGGAAAUGCCAAGAGGGAUUAGUGUGUGCAAAGAAACCACCUUUUGGCUUUCGCAAAUGCACACGCCCAAGGACCCCUCCGCCGACAGAGGAGGUUGGAUCUGGAGGAAUGGGGAUGUAAACUGACAGCAAUGCCUGCAGAGAUGGCUGGGUAGCUACGGUGAUGGGCAAAGAUUUUAGAGAUGUGGUAAAUGACUUGUUA